UCGUAAAUAAUAAUCAAAGCAGUGGUAACACUUAUUUGCAAAAAUCAAUAAUUUCCACAGAAAUUUUUCUAUCCGCUGAAAAAGAUAUCAAAAAUCAGUUAAAUAAUUAGUUCAUUCCAAACUAUUUUACGCUAUUGCAAAUAGUAUGACAGUUUAUUGAAGUCGCUACUACUACGUAAAGUGGGUCUGAUGCCGUAAAAGAAGGCGCUUUUAAAUCUAAAAAACAAAAAUUUCUUUUUUUUAAAUCCCUUUAUAUAAUCAGAUAUUUCAAUUACAAGAAUGUCUUUAUUACGGUUAAUUGCGAAUAUGAGUGAUAUGAAAGAUUUAGAACAUUUAUAAAACACAAAGUGUUUUUGUGCAGAAGUGGAAGUGAUCAAAAUAAAGUGUUUUCGCUAAUAAAGAAAACACACACACACUUAUUAGCAAACAAAAAAGACUAAAAAGCAAUAAAAACUUGGUUUUUUUAGAAUACUCAGUGUAGUGGACAUAUAACUUACACAAGGGCAUACACAAACAAUCAAAUAAAGCCAAUUGCACAAAAAUCCAAUUGCAGUGACGCCAUUUUGAAAAACGUCACGCACUGAAUAAACAAAAAAGGAAUUAUAAGUUAAAAAAACUUUUAAGCAAAAGAAGAGACCAAUAUUUUGUUGCAAAUCGAGUUGUUCAAAGGUGUAAUGUUAGCUAAGCAGCAGAAGAAGCAACAAAAAUUCUUAAGCAAAGCUGAAAAUAGAAACGCAGUCAAAAAGAGAAUACUUGUACACCCUUCGACAAUGUUUAGAAACUUCAAUUGCGAAUUGAUGGAAACAGUUACGGCAAUGCAAAUCAUAAAUAAUAUAUCAAUAGCGACAUAUAGAGUUUUAGCAGGCAACAGAAUACCGUACCAACAACCGCGGCUGACGGGCAUCAACGCUUAAAAAGUGACGACGACCUUCUACUCCAAUUGGAACUGAAUUUUAUUGUUUUGAAAAAAAAGAGCAUAAAUCUGUAAACCCAAGACGAGGGCCAGGUGGUCGUUAAUUCACACAAUUUAGCUUGUUAAGUUAUAUGCAUCGUUAGACAAGUGAAGGUUUCAAAGCUACGAAAUAUUAAGAAGAAGAAAAAAAGAAACGGACUAGUGAAAAUCGUAGUAAUUUGGAUUGACGGUAUUCGUGCGUUCCUUAGAAUUGGGAUUUGCAUUGCAUAGUUAUCAGUAUGAAACUCCUAGAAAGUUCUCGUUUCGAAGCCAUCAAUAACGCAUUAUCUAUUGCUACUGGCGGCAGUACAAUUUUCGGACGCGUCGAAAGUUAUUCCUGUAAAAUGGUAGCCGCUGACAAGGCUUUAUAUAAACGUUUUACCGCGGAAACACAUGGUUACGGGCCACAUGACCUGCAGGCGCUUUCGCCGCCCCAAACUUUGGCAGAUCUAUCCCCAAAUUUUCACCGUAACAACAGCCAAUCUGGUGACGAAGGUGUUAUUCUGUGCGAUACAAUUUCGCGUAAGACCCUAUUCUAUUUAAUCGCCACAUUAAAUGCGUCAUUUGAACCAGAUUAUGAUUUCUCUGAAGCUAAGAGUCACGAGUUCAGUAAAGAACCAUCCUUGCAAUGGGUCAUGAAUUCCGUGCAUUCAAACUUAUCGGCUUUAGCUGGUGAUCAAUAUCAGGGUCUGAGACAACCAAUGUGGUCGGCUAUCGAUGAUGAAAUUAAUUUGCAUGAUUGUGACAUUUACAGCUAUAAUCCGGACUUAAGCUCAGACCCUUUCGGCGAGCCAGGCUGUUUAUGGUCAUUCAAUUAUUUUUUUUACAAUAAAAAGUUAAAGCGUAUUGUGUUCUUUACCUGCCGUGCAGUAAAUUCACUUUACGCUGGCGAAACGGAUGUUUCGAUAGAAGAUGAUUUUUAUUAAAUUGUUUGCAGAGAAAUGUAAAAACAUUUAAAGCAUAUACUUUACUAUUGGUAUUGUGAUGGUAUGACAAAAACUUAUUUAGAAAUUGUCUUAACCAUGACCAGGCGUUUAGCUUAAUAAUGCCAUUCAGAUAUACUUUUUUUUUUUUUGAAAAAUGGAAAAACCUUAGUUUUUAUUUGAAAUCUCAACUGUUGGUGUAUUUAUCGGCUCAAAGGCAGGUGAGAGCUGCGAUGUGAGAAUUUGUGCCUUUAAAUACGCGCGAUGCUUACAAAUUAAACAAUUAUUAUUAUAAAAUAACAUAUCCAUACAAUGUAGAUUUAGAAAAACAUGCUUGAAGCACCAGAUAUUGUAAUAGUUUUUAAUUGAAUAUGAAAUAUCUCAAGAACUAACAUAAAAUCGUUCG